AUGGCUACUCUGACGGAUUUCGUGGACUUCUCCCAGUCGUCUCUUCAGGUGACUGCGCUGUCUAUUGCCUUCAACCCUAUCUUUUGGAACAUUGUUGCCCGUGCUGAGUACCGGAAUCAUUUCUUGACUCGUAUAUUCGGUAGCCCCUACUAUGGAUGCUACUUCCUCGCAUUCGCCAUCUUCUCUUUGGGCAUUCUGCGUGACCACCUCUACCAAUUGGCCCUGGCUGACCAGCCUUACUACGCCCCUGUGCAUCAACCAAUCCUGGGCAGCGUCCUCUUUGGCUUUGGCUCCGUUCUCGUUUUGUCCAGCAUGUAUGCCCUUGGCGUCACCGGCACCUACCUUGGAGAUUACUUCGGAAUUCUGAUGGAUGCCCCCGUCACUGGCUUUCCGUUCAACGUCACCGGCUCCCCCAUGUAUUGGGGAAGCACCUUGAACUUCCUGGGAGUCGCUCUUUACCACGGCAAGGUGGCUGGGGUCGCAUUGACGGCCGAGGUCUUCAUCUUGUACUGGUUUGCUCUCCAGUGGGAGGAUCCUUUCACUGGCGAGAUCUACGCCAAGCGCGACCGUGAACGUGCAAAGCAGGCCGGCAAGAGCCAGUAA